AUGCCUGGAAACAACGUCUCUAGUGAAACAAAACUGUCUUGGUAUGAGACGUGCCUCGAAGAUCCAGAAGUGGAUUACAAUCUGAAAAUAAAUUUUGAUUCUGACGGAGACGACAAAGAAAGCUCCGAACAUGAUUUGAAACCACUAGAAAAAACUCCUGGAUCUGGAAAAGUCCAGCAGGAAUCAGCUGCUUGUGAAAAACAUGAAAACAUGGAACAACUUUUAAGGCAGGUGAGUGAACUCAAAAACCAUCUGAGACGUGCAAACGAGUCUCUGAGAACCGAGAAGAAAAUCAGAAUUAAGGCCGAGUCUGAGUGUGCUUUUUACAGGAGAGAAAUGAAUGAACUGGAACAAGGACUGGAUUAUUACCAGAGCAAAAGAGAGACCCAUGAAGAAAACGUGAGAACUUUAAAUAUUCAACUUAAGGAAAAAGAUGAUUUAUGCGAAGUUCUCCAAAAGCGUUUAAAACAGGAAUAUCAGAUCAGACUCCACCAAAGACUGAAGAUUUUUGAGAAAGACACAAGUAAUGAGAACUUAAAGAAAGAAAUCAGUAAACUGAAAGAGGGACUGGGUUUCCAUCAAAGUGAGGCAGAAACCCAGUGCAAAAGAAUUAUGGCUUUAGAAAUUCAGCUGCAGAUAAAGGAAGGUGUCUGUGCAGAUCUCCAAAAGCGUUUAGAGGACGAGCCCGAGCUCAGGAGCCAGCUAGAAGACGACCAGAACUGUUUCUACAAAGAUUUAAUCAAUCAGAAUGUCAAGAAGCAAAUUGGGGAAUUAGAGAAAGAAAACACAGAUCUUAAAACCAAGAUGGAGAAUUUUUACUCCAUGAAGAAGACAUUGGAUGAGCAGCUGAGAGUCGAGUUAGAGAAAAAACGGCAGAAAAAAUACACCAGUAAGGAGAAGUUACUGAUAGAAAUUAAUGAAUUAGAGCAGGGACUGGAUUAUUAUCAGGAUGUCGCAGAAACCAGACUAAACAGACUGCAGACUUUAGAGAAUGAGCUGCAGAAAAAGGAAGGUCUCUGUGAAGAUCUGCAGGAACGUUUAAACCAGCAGAGCCUGCAGUUAGAGCAAGAAUUACAGAACAGUCACAACAAAGACUCAGUUCAUCAGAGUUUAGAAAAAGAAAUUGGAGAUCUGCAGAAGAAGAAUGGAGACCUCAUGAGCAAGUUGCAGACUAUGGAGGACACAGAGACCAGACUCUAUGGGGCAAUCACAAACCUUCAGCUGGAGAAACUCAGAAUUAAUGAGCAGCAUGAAGAAGAGUUUGAAGCCCUGAGACUGCAGCUCCAAGACCGUCUCUGCUCUGAGCUCCAGGCUGCUUCUGAAGGGAGUUCACCAGAACCACACACACCUGUGGAGAGUCUGGAGACAGAUCCUACUCAGGAUUGUCAGACGGACACAGACACUUGUCCUCCGACUGAAAUCUGUCAUGAGUCAGAUAUGGUUGGAUCUGUAAGUCUCCAUGACGACGACUGUCCACCUAAAGAGGACCGUCCACAGACAGUCAGACACCAGAAGAGUGUUUCUAUGUGGAGACGCUUUAAAAAGUUUAUGACUCCGGCGUGUCGACGGAAACACAAAACCACGUCAUAA